AUGUCGCAGGCAAAGGAAAAUGGCGUCCUCACAUCUCAGGUCGACCUGGAGAUUUCCAACCAAAACCUGCCUGCAGAGAAGAAGGGCACACACGAUGAUCAAAGGGAUAUGCUUCGUAUGGGGAAGGUCCAGGAAUUGAGGCGAAACUUUCGGUUUCUCUCGAUUUUUGGCUUUUCCAUGAUUCUUAUGGCGAGCUGGGAAACCAUGCUAGGAACAUCUAUCAUUGGUCUGAUCAAUGGCGGAACGGCUGGACUUAUAUGGAUGUACCUUGUUGCCUGGAUAGGAUUUCUGGCCGUGAACACUUCAAUGGCGGAAAUGGCGUCGAUGGCUCCGACCUCAGGUGGCCAGUAUCAUUGGGUGUCUGAAUUCGCACCUAGAAAGUAUCAAAGGUUUUUGAGCUUCAUCGUCGGUUGGCUUUGUGUGCUGGGUUGGCAGACUGGUGCUGCCAAUACAGCGUUUCUGGCCGGUACCCAGAUCCAAGGAUUGGCGAUUCUGAAUUAUCCUGGAUAUGUGCCCGAGCGAUGGCACGGAACCCUUCUAACAUUCGCUGUCGCCUCUUUCUCGGUGAUCUUCAAUACCUUCCUCGUCAAGAAACUACCCUUGGUGGAAGGCAUUGUUUUGAUUGUCCAUAUUUUCGGCUUCUUCGCAGUUCUCAUCACACUCUGGGUGCUUGGGCCACGAGGCAGUGCUCACGACGUAUUCACCCAAUUCAACAACUUUGGGGGCUGGAGCAGCGAUGGUCUUUCCGCCCUUGUGGGUAUACUCGCGGUCAUGAUCCCAUUGCUCGGUGCAGAUGGUGCUGUCCACAUGUCCGAGGAGCUCCGUGACGCAUCAAGAGUUUUGCCCCAAAGCAUGAUUGCUACUACUGUGUUCAAUGGCUUGAUGGGAUGGGUCAUCUUGAUUACCUUCUGCUUCGUGCUGGGUAACCUCGACGAUGUCAUCGAUUCUCCCACCGGGCAGCCGUAUAUCGCCGUGUUCUUCAGCGCAACCGAGUCAUAUGCAGGCGCUUCCGUACUUUCCGCGUUUGUAAUUUUCAUGGCGAUAUUCUGCAACUUAUCGAUCACAGCCACAGCAUCUCGUCAGCUGUGGUCUUUUGCUCGCGAUCAGGGCGUACCAGUCUCUUGGUGGUUUGCAUAUGUUCGACCGGGUUGGGAUGUCCCAAUGAACUCCAUUGUAGUAUCUUGGGUUGUGUCGUGUUUGUUGUCGCUGAUCAAUAUUGGGUCGACAAUCGCGCUUAACAAUAUCACGUCGCUUUCACUUGUGGCGAUCCUGUCCUCGUACAUUGUCUCAACUGCGCUGGUGUUUUGGCGACGACUUUACAGACUACCACUCCUCCCCGCCAAAUUCACCUUCUCUCGAUCCAUUGGACUCUUUUUGAACGGGUUCAGCAUCUCGUUCUUGGUAUUCGCAUUUGUUUUCGCCUUCUUUCCUGGAAACCCGGCUCCCACGGUGCAGCAAAUGAAUUGGGCAUCCCUCAUAUAUGGUGCUGUGGUCAUAUUUGCCAUUGCCGAUUACUACCUGCGAGCUCGACAUGUAUAUGAUGGCCCUGUGGAAUAUGUGCGAAGAUUGGAUUGA